AUAAAAAUGCAACCGCCUAUCAACAACAACUGUCAAUUUUGCAUCAUAGAAAAAAAAACAAGAAAACAAAUAAAUAAAAUAACAAAGCUUGUUAUCGUUUGGACGUGUGUAGACUUGAUUUGACUUGUUUUGUUAGUUUUCUUUUUAUAAUUUAAUAGAUAUUAUCGUUCCAUUAGUUAACAACAAGCAAGAAUGGAAAACAGCCACAGGGAGCAUAUUCGGAAGAAUAUGAAUGAGUUAAUUCGUUCAACAAGCUAUGAACCCCUUAUUAAAGCCUGUGAAAAUAAAAAGAUUAUAUCAGAAGUGAUGAGAGCACGGAUUGAUAAUCUACCUAACGCAGAAAAGGACGAAAAACAUAGAGAGCUUUUUAUAAAAUUAACCAAACGCGGACCAACUGCCUACAAUGAAUUAUUAAAAAUCUUGAUUGACUUGAAUUUCGAAUCUGCCGCCAGGUUACUACGUGCCCCCCAGCAAGACCAGAAAAAGUACAUUUCAAUUCAUGAACAUAACGCAUCUUCGGUUCAAUCGACUUCCAUAGAACCGCCCCAACAAAUCCCAGAAAAUCUUCCAUCUAGUGUUCCAGAAGGAUGCUACCCUUCGAAAGACAUUGUCGAUUCAAAACAUAAGCUUGUGCCAUUCACCGGCAAAAUCCAUUUGCCGAGGCCUUUCGAAGUAAUAAAAUCAAAAGUAAUUCACUAUCAUCCACAACUGAAGGUCUAUCCAAUGAAGUCGAAAAACCGUGGAGUCUUUUUCAUGGUCAACAUCAUUGAGUUUCCGAACAACGAGAAAAAGAGACGUUCUGGUGCUGAAGUCGAUUCAAAGUACAUGUUGAGUUUGUUUCAAGAAUUAGGAUUCACUUGCUUUCCGUAUGACAACCUCAAUCAAAAGGAAUUCUUCGACCUCCUGACAGAACUGCGCAGUUCGGAAUAUUUGAAACAGACUGAAUCGUUUGUAAUGGCCUUGAUGACUCACGGCGAAAUGCGAGAAGACAUGCAUGACAGGGUUGAAUUUUAUGGAGGAUCCAUUGUCAAGGUGAAGGAAAUUGAGGAAUUCUUUUCAAACAAGGAAUGCAAAAGCUUAAGGAACAAACCUAAAGUUUUGAUCUUUCCGUUUUGCAGGGGAGAUGCUCCAGAUCAGGGAUUUAAUCGUAUAGAAACCGAUAGUAUUGUGGAACGUGAUCCGAAAAUAUCCUUGCAAAUGGAAACUUUGUCAGAUAUGCUCGUUUGUUACGCAUCAGUAAGAGGCUUUCAAGCUUUGCGUGACCCAGAUGAGGGUUCCUGGUAUAUACAGAUAUUUUGUAAAGUUCUUGCCGAGAAUGCUCAUAAUACGCCAUUUGAGGAUAUGCUUAAGUUGAUUGCAACUAAAAUAAAAUCCUUACGAUCACCAGAAGGUUAUUUACAAACUCCAGCCUAUAACAAUCAUGGAUUUGAUAAAUGUCUUUAUUUCAAUCCUGGGGUUUAUGAAGAGUAAAUAAUCUUUUGAUUGCGUGGCAUGAAUUUUAAAUAUUAAUAUUUUUUAUACAACAAAACAAAUAUGUAUUCCAUUUUUAACAUUUUUUAUAAAGAAAAACAAUUAUGUUUAAGAAUAAACGAUAUGAUUUUAUAACUAUCAUAAUA